AUCAUUUAGUUCCUUCAGCAGAGUAUUUCACGCGCUGCGCAUUCAGUCUCUGGCGUCCGCCAGUGUUUGUGCGAGACAGUUGGCUCGGAAAUUCCUCUGGCGGGAAAGCUACGGAUCUCACAUUCAUGCUGCUGUCGGUUCCUGUAAACGCGCUCUUGGAAUGUGGGAUAAAGGCGCGUCUCGUUGAUCACAUACCUGCUGAUCCUUGACAACAUGACAGGGGAGUUUAAUAACUUGACGGCACUCUUGAAUAAUGCGACUGACUUUCAAAACCAGACGAGGGGAUGCUCAUUAACCAAGACUGGUUUUCAGUUUUACUAUUUACCGACUGUGUACAUUAUUGUGUUCAUCACUGGAUUUAUUGGAAACAGUUUGGCCAUAUGGAUGUUUGUGUGUCACAUGAGGCCAUGGAGUAGUAUCUCCGUAUACAUGUUCAAUUUGGCACUUGCGGAUUUUUGUUACGUUCUGUCGCUACCUUUUCUCGUUUUCUACUACUUUAAUAAAACAGACUGGAUUUUUGGACACGUGUUAUGCAGGCUACAGAGGUUUAUAUUCCAUGUGAAUCUAUACGGCAGCAUCCUGUUCCUGACGUGCAUCAGUGUGCACAGGUACUACGGUGUGGUCCAUCCUUUGAAGUCACUUGGGAGGCUGAAGAAGAAGAACGCGGUGCGCACUGUCGCUCUGGUGUGGUUCGUAGUUGUGGUUGGAAUCGCUCCAAUUCUCUAUUACUCGCGCACGGGUCAGAAAAAAGGCUACACUACGUGCUACGACACUACAACAGAGGACGAGCUGCAAGGUUACUUCAUCUACAGCAUGUGCAUGACAGUGUUUGGCUUCUGCAUCCCGUUCAUCAUCAUCCUGAGGUGUUACGGAGGCAUUGUCAAGGCCCUUAUUUACAAUGACAUGGACAAUGCUCCACUGAGGAAGAAAUCCAUUUACCUGGUCAUCAUUGUGCUCACAGUAUUCGCAGUCUCCUAUUUGCCCUUCCAUGUUAUGAAGAACCUGAACAUGAGGGCUCGCCUGUACUUCCAAAGUCCAGACAUGUGUGACUUUAAUGAUAGAGUGUAUGCAACUUACCAGGUGACGAGGGGCCUGGCUAGCCUUAAUAGCUGUGUGGACCCUAUUUUGUAUUUCCUGGCUGGGGACACAUUUAGACGCAGACUGUCCAGAGCCACCAAAAAGUCCUCCAGGAAGGGAGAUCACACUCUUCAGUCCAAGAGCGAGGAGACGGCACUUAACAGUCUACCAGAGUACGUCCAGAACGGGUUCAAUCAUGCCUAAGGGGUUCUCUGAGAAACAUGUUUGUUGUGAAUUGUGGACGUUGUGGAACUGAACACAUUAACUAAGACCAAGGGUCUUCAACAGGGGGCCCGCAGAUCAUUGUUUGAUCCACCAUUGGCACUUGUAAUAAUCACUCACACACGAGCGAUAGCUAGAGAUAAGUGUAUGAAUUUUAAUCCAUUGACAUGUUGAAGUUCCUCACACCUGCAUUUCUUUUUAAUCCUUGCUCAUAUUCACGCAUCCUGUUGUAUUUAGUUAUGAACUGAUUGGAACACUAAACACUAUAAAGUGUGACGAAACUGAGCUAGUCACAGAAGCGCGCAGCGCGGACAAACCAUUCACGCAUCCAUGCUCAUCACGAGCCACUCAAAAUGUGACACACAUAAGGUUCAGCAACGCUGCAGUAAAGGGUUGCGUGGGUAAACGCUUUUGUUUUGCGUUGGUCGCGGUGCUGUGCGGUUGAGCUGCUGACAGCCUACAGUUUCUCUUAUUAUUAGUUGCAUUUUGCUUUCAGAACAAUAGCCUAAUUGCCUGGUGUAAAUAAAUAAUUACCACUGAGCAUACACUGUCAAGCUGGCAUAAACGAUCCUUAACGUGCCAAACACACAAGACGGUGACUCUUAAAACAACAUAAUUAAAUAAUUUCCUCAUUGCAAAGUCUUACUCCUAAUGAAAUUUAAUUUUAAAAUAUAUGUAUAAAUUUGAUCACUCACAUGAGAUGAAGACUCCAUAUUAGUAACCUUAUAAAAGUUUUUUUUAUUCUGCAUGGACAGGGUAUGUCUGUCUGUCUGUCUGUCUGUCUGUCUGUCUGUGUCUAUCUGUCUGUCUUUCUGUAUAUCUUGUCUUUUUAUUUUUAUUAAGAAGGGGGUAUGGAACAGUGAUUAACAUGGAAAAUGAAAAAUGUCACUUCAUGUCAUGUUGCAGACCCAUGCUGUAGAUUAUUUAAUGAUUAUUUCAAAAGCUUUGCAAUAUAAACAUCAUAAAGUAUGUACAUACAGUAAUAUGGCAGCCUAUCAUACACAAUUUUAUAGGCAUAAAACGCAACACUCAAUUUUAUACAAUAUGUGACAUGGGAUCUCGGCUCCGUCUCUCUACCCACCAAGGGGUCCUUGGUCCGAAAACUGUUGAAGACCUCUGCCUUAGACUGAUGGGAUUCUUCUUAGAAUAAGAGUUAGCAUAUUCAAAAUCAUUGUACUGUACUCUAGACAUUGUUACUCAAUUGAUUACUUUUAACACAUAUGUUUUUGUCUAAUGUGAUUUUCCUGUGAAGAAUGGAACAAAACUGACUGCGGAGUAACUCUGAACUAAAACUGAACAAACAAACAUUUUACUAACUGCUUAAUGCUUUAACAGUAACAAUUACAGCUUACUCUGACCCCAGCUUAGCUGGGAUAUGUGAAAAAAAGAAUUUCACUGUAUAUGUGAAAAUGUAUAAUGUGUAAUAAAUAAAUACAAUUAUAAUUAUACACUGCAAAUAUUACAAGCACUGGCAUUUUAUUUGAGGAUGCCUGAAUGGCACCAAGCAUUUUAGUCCCUGCGUUAUGUUCUCAGUGAAUAGUUAAGAUGCACUAUAUAUAUGUGUGUGUGUGUGUGUGUGUGUGUGUAACUAAUUAAUUGUCUACCUGUGGCUGUGUCCAGGAUUGUGUUUUUAGCUGUAGUCUGAUGAAUUUGUCUAUUGCUCUGUAUUCAACUCUGUUACUAGAAAGAUGUAUAACUCAGUGCUGUGAUCAAAUGAGUUUGAGCCCAUGAAUUAUAAAGGGACUGUUAUAACCAUGUUUCAAAUAGUCAGUAAAUACUGUAUGCUCAUAAUAUAUUUCCCUUUAAUGUCCUGUGAUAUUUAAAGCUGACAAAAAUACAGAGACCUAUCUAAAAGAUCAAUGGAAAUGUGUGUUUUUAAAAUAGUGUUGUUUUAAUAGUCUGUAUAUUUUAUUAAGGUUGUUUAGUAUACUGUAAAUUAAAGAAUAAUUUCAAGUUCAAUACAAGUUAAGCUCAAUCGACAGCAUUUGUGGCAAAAUGUUGAUAACCACAAUUUUCUUUUAAACUUGUACCUCCUUUUCUUUAAAAAAUAAAAAAAAAAAUAAAAAUAAAUGAGAACAAAUCUGGGUCACAGUGAGGCACUUACAAUGGAAGUGAAUGGGGCCAGUCCAUAAACAUUAAAAUAGUGUUUGAAAAGUGCAGCCACAAGAUGUUAACAAAAUUUGUGUUAACAUAAAAUCACUUACCAACCUUUUCUGUAUAAAGUUAUAUCCAAUUUUGAAAAUUUGUUGCCAUGACGAUGUAACACAAACCCUAAAACUGCCAGAUAAACAACAAUUUAAAGGAAUAUCUCCCUUUUCUGAUACACUCAAUUCAGGUCUUUGAGUCUCCACUAAUGAGCUAAUGAGUUGAAUCAGGUGUGUUUGAUUAGGGAGAUAUCCAAAAUGUGUAGUGUUGGGGGGCCUCCAGGAACAGGGUUGGG